UUCACUGCGAGCGGUAACUUCACCGGAGAUCCUUGCGUGCCCCUCCGCCUGUCGCCCACAACAGUCCGCAUCACCAUCGUCAUCAUCACCAUCAUCACCACCAUCAGCAGCAUCAGGAGCAGCAGUAUCAGUGUGAUGAGGCAACUGAGGACGGAGACCCUCCUGCUCUGAGACACUGGAUCAGCCUGCACACAGGAUGACUGAGGUGAUGAACUCUCUGGAGCCGGGGACAGAGGACUUCAGCGGGGGAGGAGCAGGAGGAGAUCAGGCCACAAUCUUCCCAGAUACCCAUGAAAGGUAUCCAAAGUUGUCCAAGAGGCUUCCCUCUAUAGUGGUGGAGCCAACAGAUGGAAAUGAGGUGGAGAGUGGAGAACUUCGCUGGCCACCGGAUGAGCCGAGCUCUGCAGACGCGCAGACUGAGAGACAGCGUGUGGACGAACAAGUCGCAGAUGAGGAUCAGUCAAACGUUGGUGGAGCCGAAGAAGCUUCAGGAGUGGAAAUGCAGGACUCCAACUGAGCAAACUCGCUUCCUGUGAUAUAAACUGUUACUAUGAGUGUAUCCAGACAUGGAAUGAAUGAAAACGAGUCAAAUAGAGGAGAGCAAUGUGUGGAUAGAAAGAUCAGAGAGACGGAGUAGGAAGGAUAGAAAAAGAGAUUCCCAAACCCCAGCUCACGGGCUUGGAGCCAGUGUUGUGCCAACACCUUCAGAAUAAAUACAAUGAAGGUGUUCUUUUGUUUUUUCAGAUGUACAUCUAUACUGAUGGAGCUUGUUUGACACAUGCGAGCUAAUCGGGAUGAUUUAUGGGGACUAAGAUGCCACCUUGAAGCAUUUUUUUCCCCACUUUAUACUUUAUCUGCUUAAAAGUUGGCUGUUUGGAAGCAAAUGACACAAGAUAGAAAGACACAAUAAGUUUUGGCAGCAGACAUGUCCCAUGUCUAAUAUGACUGUCUUGACAUUUCCGGCUUUGUAAAUAUCCAUUUUUAAUUAAGUUCACAAAUUUUUGUCUCUCUGGCUCCAAGCCCUCACCGUCCAGACACCCACCAAAUCAUCUGCACAUCUGAUCUGGACAGAUGUUCCUAAAUGCUGUAUUAAGUAUUUAGCUCAUGUGUGCCAUACUACUACUAAUAAUGGUAGCUACUGUAUUUUGUGCACAGUUUUUACAUUACAUUUAGGCGAAGAUUACAUCACUGUUUGUUAGGUAACGACUGCUGUAGUUUGGUGAUCUUGGUCUCACUACUCACUUUGUAAUAUUAGCUACGAGCGUUUGAAAAUUUAAGAACAGAUCUGUUGCUUUAUUGGAUGUUAUGAUAUUAAUAUAUUACAGUAUGUAACCACUGUCUUCAUAGUUUUAAAGGGAAUGUAACUGUUGUUUUAUUUAAGAUAUUGGAGCAAUAUGGUCCCAAGGAAUUAAAGGCAGCCCAUUUUGUUACAGACUAAAGAAGUAAAAAGAACCAGUAUAUUUUAGAUGUGUGUUGCUUGUCACAGGCAUAUUUUUUAAAAUACUGGAAGCCUAAAUUAUUGCACAAGUAAUAAAACUUUUGAAAUGUUCUUUAA